AUGAUCACGCGCGCGCCGUCCCUGCACUCCUUGGUUCCUUCCGCGUCUUCUCCUCCGCGUCUGCGUGCGGUUGUGCACGGCCAUGCGGCGGGUGGUGGUUCUUCGGGUGCCCUUGCGCGACCCCAUCCUCCGCGCUCCCCCUCUCUUCUUACCUUGGCUGCCUCCCCUCACUCCUGCGACCGGUCGGGUACUAAGGACAAAGGCGCAGUCAAAAAUGACAACACAGAAUGCGACUUUCGCCCUGACACUGCUCCAUAUCCUCGACGCCUCAAGCGGCUGGAUGCUAAAUCACAGUCCCGACCUCGGAACUUCCUGAAAGUGGCAGAGCCUGGAGUUGCCCAGAAUGCGGGAAAGGCGGCGCAAGCUGCAGGGCACUUAGUUACUGAGGUCCUUCCGCCGGAUGCCAUGGCUGCUGCCCCUGACAUGCUGCAGCGAGUGUCUCCGGCCUUACUGAGGAUUCUCAGGGAAUUUUGGGCCGAUAUUUGGAAUAGACGUCAAAUCUCUUGGGAUGAUAUUUGGGAUGAUUUGGUUACUCACACUCCACCACGCCCUGCUCCUGACAGCUGGCCAAGCCUCACACCGGAACAACUCCGUUCUGCCACCAAGUGUAGCCGCGGCAGUGCGCCGGGGCUUGACGGCUGGAGAGCUGAGGAACUUAGUUUGUUCAGUGACGAAAUGUGGCAGGAUGCCGGCUGUCCUCCAGAAACAGUUUCCACUUCCAUCACCUUGUUGGGAUUCCAGUUCAUGGGAGUGACCCAAAGAAAAGCCAAAGACCGAGAACUGACAAGACUCACUGAGGCCAAAGAAGUUCUUCGAAAAUGUAGGUGCCUCCCAGGUUCCAAAACACGUAAAGCUGCAGUUGCCAGGGUUUGUGCCCCAGCAAAAGCAAGUUGGGGAUGGCUGUUUCGAAGACCCACUCAUGCUGAAAGCAACGCUUUCUUUCAGGGAGCAAAAGCGCUGCAUCAGUGGCCAAAGCAGUCAGCCGUACCUUUACUCCAAAUUUUUACUGGCCAUUGGUGGGACUUAGGUUUUGCUGCCACGGUUACGACUCUCCGAGUCCUCACCCGCUAUGUUCACAAAACACAGAUGCAGUUGCAAAACUGGCCACCCAAAAUGAGUGGCUGGACGGGUAGCUUUAGAAAAGGCAUGCAAGAACUUGGGUUCGCUGAGGCUGGUAGUUGGACCUGGACGCACCCGAUGCUUGAAACUAUUCAGAUUCAACCAACCACGCUGCCUGAAAAGGCGACCGAAGUGCUGUCACAUAGGCUCAGAGAUGCUUGGCGAAUCAGAAAAUAUGAGGAAUUCUUGGAACUUGACCGACGCGACUCAACGGUUUGUGCAGACAUUCCAUGUGACCUGACCCGCAUUAAUAUUCUGCGCAAGAAAAAACUCAACAGUCACGAACUGGCUGUUGUAACUGGUGCUUUCAUUUCACCUCAAUGUCGAAAUGCCAUGGGAGGUGCUGAAGAAACAUGCCCUUAUUGCCAACAUGUUUGUGCCACUGUGCAGCACAUGCUUUGGGAAUGUACUCAGAACCCACACCGUGAUCCUACUAUUAGACCCCACGAUGUGCUGCAGGAAAGACUCGCAUGGCCCACUACUGAUCCUACUAAGGUGGACCAUGACAACAAACUUCUAAGGUUUGCAGCUGCAACACGUGCUGAUGUGUUGCAGCAGCGCCACGACGACUAG